UCUCCGUGACAGGCAUCGCCGCGCGAAAGAUCGAAGGCGGGCAGGCAGAGGCGUAGUCCCCGUGCAUCCCUUCGCCUCGCGCUUCUACGUCAUCCCAUUUCAGAAGCGAUUUGCUGUCGAGGCAGCGGCACUCGUGGUCGUGGCAGUGCCACGUCUUGCAGAUUUUCCGCAACCAGCCGGGGGAAACCAUAGCUUGUUUUGAGACGUCUUACAACGAAUCCUGCGCAACCAGCCGGGGAACACACCUGGAAUCGCAUCAGCUAAAGGACACGUGAGAUUCUGUUCAGCUAGGGGACAGCUGUGUUUGGUUCAUCUAGGGAACAGCCAGGAUCUAACCAGCCGGGAUCUGACCAGCCAGGGGACACCUGGGAUUGAAUCAGCUAGGGGCAACGAAUCGCGUGCGUCGAUGGGGUUAGACGGGCUGAGGGAUCGGGAUGAGUCAGACCACCGGCCAGCGCGAGUGCCGGGGGAGCGGGGAGCAGUCGCAGGGGAGGAGGAAGAGGACGCGACGGACGGGGGAGAGACGGGGGGGGAAGAGGACGUUGACGGAGAGGAGGUAGACGUUGACGGAGCGGAGGCAGACGUUGACGGAGAGGAGGUAGACGUUGACGGACGAGAAGACGGUGAGGAGGAGGAGGAAAUAGGCGAGCCACAGACGAUGCGGCUCUACGUGGAAGAUCUGGUAACCAGCACGACGGAUUCCGCUAGGACCGGGCUCGUUGCUGACGUGGCAGGCCGCGUGGACAGCGACGACGAUGACGAGGACGAGGAUGACGAGGAUUCGUUAGAAGACGGCUACGCUAGGGUUUGCUGGCUGGGGUCGGAGGAACCCACGGAGGAGAAAAUAGAGGAUCUUAGAAUCAUAGACCGUUGUUUCUUACACGGAGAUAUCGUGGCGCGUGCAGACGAUCCGCUAGGGCAGACCGGAACCGUGACAGCUGUCGAUCUCCUAUUGGACGUCGAGCUCGCGUCGGGGAGAUCGUGAGAGAUGUGGAUUCCCGGCGGUUGGUUCCGAUCCGAUCCGUGAAACCCGGAGGAUUUGUCGUUUACCGCGACUGGGUGGGGAGGGUUGACGACAUUCUCGAUAACCUCGUUCUCGUUUUCGACGACGGGGCGAAAUGUCGGGUUACCAAAGUCAGCCCCGACGAUUUGUUCCCGGUCAGACCGUCCGCGACGGACGACGAGGAGAGCAUUCUUUUCUGGCCCGGGCAGCGCGUGCGCGCAACUUUUCCGGGCAUCUUCCGCCGCGCCCAAUGGCUGAAGGGCACGUGGAAGCAGUCGCGCGCGGAGGCCACUGUAGCAGUCGUGGAGCCCGGAACGGCGCUCGUGCAAUGGGUCAUGGGGAGACAGCUCAGCAGCGGCGGAAGCGGCGGCGCUGGCGGCGGCGGCGGCGGCGGCGGCGGUGGUGGUGGGGAUGGGGAUGGGGAUGGGGGCGCAGUUGACGGGGAAGAGAGUGGCGCGGAUGUUGACGGGGGGAGCAGCAACACCGGCAGCGGCGGAAGGAGGAAAGGCGCGAGGAAAGGGGAGAAGGGCGCGGGGAAGGGGGCUAAGGGGCCUCCGCCGGACGAGGUAAGCGCGGCGGCGGUGCGCCCGCUGGUGCACUUUAACUACGCCAACUGGCAGGCGGAGGCAGGUGAAGCGGAAGAGACGGACCCGCUUAUUGGUUCUGGCAGUAAUACUAGCUCUGUCACAACCAGCAGCACUGUCGCCACUAGCGCCACCACCAGCAACGCCACUGGCAGCAACACUGCAAGUACCGCCGCCGCUGUUACUAGCAGCAGCAGGAGCAGCGGUCAUUUCUUUUGGCGUCGAGGCGGCAGGGGCAAAAAAACGCAUUCAAAGAAGAAAAACCCGCCUAAAACCCCCAAGGGCGUGGAGCGGUCCCCUAUGGUGGUGCGGACGGCGACCCACGUGGGCGUGACGUGGCAGGACGGGAGGGAGGAGCGGGGUAUAGAUGCGUGCGAGUUAAUACCCGUGGAAAAUCUGGGUGAACACGACUUUUGGCCGGAGGAUUAUGUGGUUGAGAAACAUGGGGAGGACGAGUUGGGAAUGGGGGGAAUGGCUGGUGCUGCAGCGGAUCUGGUCACUCUCUUGACUUCCGCUGCUGACGCUGCUGCUGACGCUGCUGCUGACGUUGCCGCCACUGCUGCUGACGCUGCCGCCACGUCUGUGGUUGCUGGUACAGAUGCUGCCGAUGCGGAAGGGAGAGGGAGGGGAGGUGGUGGGGAGAAGGGAAUGGCUGGUGCUGCAGCGGAUCUGGUUGCUCUCUUGACGUCUGCUGCUGACGCCGUUUCGCCUGUCGCUGUCAGUAGAUCUGCAAAUGCGGCUGCAGAUGUGCCGGCCAUUACAGGUGCAGACGCUGGUGCUGCUGGCACAGCAGCAGCAGCAGCAGCCGUAGCAGCAGAAGAACUAUCAGCAGCAGCUGGCGAAUCAGCAGUCGCCGAAUCAGCAGCUGUUGAAUCAGCAGAAUUAGCAGCAGCCGGAUCAGUCGAAUCAGGCGAAUCAGCAGAAGUGGCGAGGUUCGGCCCAGCUGGGGAUUUGAGUGAACAUGGGAAACCUUUUGAGUCGACUCAAAACGAGGUGACUCUUGAGUCGACUCAAAACGACGUGACUCUUGAGUCGACUCAAAAGAAACCGGCAGCACAUGCAGAAGCAGGGGGAGGGAAGGGGGUCGAAUCGGGGGAAAGCAGCUCUGUUACUGCAGUAGCAGCAGCAGAUGCCGUCCCUGCGUCUGCCGUCCCAGUGGCUCCCGCCCCUCUCUCCGUUCUGAUGGGAGGGCCGUGGGGGCGAGUGGGGUACGUGAAAACGGUAGACCACAAGCAGCGGACGGCCAUAGUCGCAUGGGCUAGGGGUGUUGAGAAGCGAGGGAAGGAAGGCUUUUGUGAGGAGUUGGCUGCGGUGUACGAGCUGGCAGAGCACCCCGACUGGAACUUCAGGCUGGGGGACGUGGUUAUUCGGUUGGAAUCAGGGGAGGGGGCUGAGGGAGCAGGAGGGGGAAAGGUGGAUGAGAGGGGAGAGGAUAAGAGGGAGGAAGGCAGGGAGGAUGGUGGGAAGGAGAAGGGCAAAGGGGGGGAGGGUGGUGCAGGGGAAGGGGAGGAGGGAGGAGGGGAGGAGGAUGAAGUGGAGGAUGAUGAGAAAGCGGAGGAGAAAGAGGAGAAAGCGGAGGAGAACGAGAAGGAGGAGGAAGAAGUCGACGGGGAAGAAGAGGAGGAGGGAGAGGAGGGAGAGGAGGAGGGAGAGGAGGAGAGUGAUGCGGAUGGGUGUGGAGAGAGAGUGGAUGCGUCAUGGGUGGGUGAGGUUAUCGCCAUGCGCCGUGGUCUCCUCACUGUCGCAUGGGCUGAUGGCUCUGUUUCCGAGGUUCCCCCUACAGUUGUAUAUGUGGUGAAUAGGGAUGAUGAGGAGGAUAUUUAUGAGGGGGACGAGGGUUCGGAAGACGAGGAUGCUUAUAUCGAGGAUGAGGACGAGGACGGGUGGGAGACAGCAGACGAGGAGGAGGAGGAGGUAGAGGGGGAGGAGGGGGCAGCUGGACUAACAGGACGAAGGGGAGCGUUUGGGGCAGCGGCAGCAGCAGCAGCAGCAGGAGGGGGUGGAGUAAGGGGGGGAGGAGCAGCAGCAGGGGCAGCAGGGGUAGGGGAUGAGGUGACGGCUAGUUGGCAAGCACUGCGAAACGCGGGAGCAGGUUCUGGGGCGGGACCAGGUGUCAUUCCGCGAUUGGCCGCAGGGCUGACAGCAAUGAUGACUGUGCUGCAGAAAUUCGUUCCCAAGGGGGAGGGGGGCGGGAGGGAGGGAGGAGAGGGGGAGAGGGGUGCAAGUGAGGGAGGUAGCGCGGGAGAGAGUACAUUAGGGCUAGAACAGGCGCAGAAGCGAGGAUUAGAGAAUCCCCUGGACGAACCCUUGGGUUUGGGCGCCGGUGUGGGCCUGGGGAGGGGCGCUAGAGCGGCCUCAAUCUCAAGUGCGUCAGGUGCAGGGGGGGGGGAAUCGUCAAGAGCGGUCAUUGGGGAAGGGUCAACAUCAGCGAGUGGACAGGAGAUUCACUCGGAGGGGUCUAGGGUGGAAGGGGAGUCAGGGGUGCGUGGUGAUGGGAGCUCUGCGGGAAUUGGGCUGGCUUUGCUGUUGGAGGGAAGAAGAGGAGGGGGAGAGGGAGAGAAAGGGGAGGCAAGGGAAGGAAGGAAGGAGGUGGGGGAGAGACCAGCGAGCGAGAGGAGGCAGGAAGGGACGGGUGAAAGGUUGGAAGAGGUGGACGACGGAGCGAGAGAGGAGGCGGCAGAAGGUGCGAGGGCAGAGGGGGAAGGUGGGGAAGGGGCAGAUGCAGGGAGAGAGACAGGGGAAGGGGAAGGGGAAGGGGAAGGGGAAAGGGAAGGAACAGCAGCAGCGGCAGGGGCAGCGGAAGGGGCAGGUGCAGGGAGCAAGGAUGCGUGGCGGCAGUUUGACAGCGUGACUGAUGCUUCGGACCAUCACUUCGCGUCUCAGACAUUCCAGCCCGGCAAUCGCAAGUGGGCCAAGGCCGUGCACAAGGACUGGGAGAUGCUCCAGACCAACCUGCCAGACUCCAUCUCUGUGCGCGUGUAUGAGGACCGCAUGGACCUACUAAGGGUAGCGAUCGCCGGACCGCCAGACACCCCCUACCACCUAGGUCUCUUCUUCUUCGACCUCUGGCUGCCGCCCGACUACCCUGCUGUGCCUCCUUCUGUGCACUACCACUCGGGCGGUUUGCGAGUGAACCCUAAUCUAUACGACAACGGCAAGGUGUGCCUGUCGCUGCUGAACACGUGGGGAGGCAAGGGCACGGAGGUUUGGCACACAGGCUGCUCGAUAUUACAGGUGCUCGUCUCCAUCCAGGGCUUAGUGCUCGUGCCGCGCCCUUACUUCAACGAGGCGGGGUACGAGAGGCAGAGGGGAACAGCAGAGGGGGAGAGGAACGCUGACCUCUACAACGAGAGUGCUUUCCUGCUGUCGUGUAAAACCAUGAUCUACGGCAUUCGCAACCCCCCCAAGCAUUUCGAGCCUCUAGUGGCCCUUCAUUUCAAGCAGCAUGCAGCAGCCAUCAUUGCCCUGUGCGACACGUACUCCAAGGGAGCCAGGGUGUGCCCGAUCAAGAGCGCAAGCAAGGCGUGCACAGCCAAGGGUACGGAUGCAGCAGCUAAGGGAACCACUACGAAUGUUUCAGAAAGCACGGGCAAUCCUGAAGGGAGUCAGCAGCAGGGGGAGGAUUCGCUGGGGCAGCAGGGAGCCAGGGCAGCUGAUGUGGUGCAAAGCGGUGGUGGUGAAGAGGAGUGUUCUGCGGGGUUCAAGAUGAUGCUGGAAAAGCUGAGGCCCCAGUUAGAACUGGCCUUGGCACGCAUCUUGAGCUGAGGGCGUGAGGCCUCACUUUUUCCUAGAAUUUUGAGCCACUUACAGAAUAAGACUACGUGCAGGUACACCUGUGCUAUGAUGAUAUACUCUAGUCCAGCAUGUUGUCAUUUUUUUGCCCUCCGCGUCGAGAUCAGGACGUGAUUCAUAUGGUACGUUCUAAGAGCUCCUGUAAGGUUUAGUGCGGUACAGCUGGUAUUGCAGUGUUUAAAAGUAGAGCAUAGCUGCUCGAAACGAGAUGUAGCAGUUGCACUCCAUUAGUGUGAGUGAGGCG